AUGGGGCUGGUUCGUGAAGGGACCGGCAGCAAGGGGCUGGUUCGUGAAGGGACCGGCAUCAGGGGGCUGGUUCGUGAAGGGACCGGCGGCAGGGGGCUGGUUCGUGAAGGGACCGGCAUCAGGGGGCUGGUUCGUGAAGGGACCGGCGGCGGGGGGCUGGUUCGUGAGGGGAUCGGCGGCAUGGGGCUGGUUCGUGAAGGGACCGGCAGCAAGGGGCUGGUUCGUGAAGGGACCGGCGGCAUGGGGCUGGUUCGUGAAGGGACCGGCGGCAUGGGGCUGGUUCGUGAAGGGACCGGCAGCAAGGGGCUGGUUCGUGAAGGGACCGGCGGCGGGGGGCUGGUUCGUGAGGGGAUCGGCGGCAGGGGGCUGGUUCGUGAGAGCCGGGGGCCUGCUGACCCACCAGGGCUCUUAAAUAGCCUGUGUUGUGCAAACAGACAAAGAAAUCCCAGCUAA